AUGAGUUCCGUCGGCAGACAAAUACACGGUCGAGCGUUGUUAGAUAAUGGAUCUCAAAGAAAUUUCAUUACGAGUAAUUUAGUACAUAAACUUGGACUCAAACGUCAGAAAGUAAAUAUACCAAUAUGUGGAAUAAGAGAAUCGAAAAAUAAUAUUAAGUACAAACUCUCUGCUAUUGUUCAAUCAUUAGAUAGUUCGCAUAAAAAGACUAUCGAAUUUCUAGUCUUAUCAAAAAUAACCGACCCAUCGUUCAAUCAUCCGGGUAAUAUCGAUGUUCUUAUCGGCGGAAAAACGUAUUGGGACAUAAUAUGUGCCGAGAAGCUCAAGAUCAAAGAAGGCCCAUAUCUGCAAAGAACAUUGUUCGGGUGGGUAGUGAAACAUCAGUAUGAAUUAUUAGAUGAUAAAAUCGAAUUAUUUUGGAAAAUGGAAGAGUUACCUUCGAAGCAUAUUUUCACCGACGAACAAAAAUUGUACUUAACACAUUUUUCCGAAAACGUCUACCAAAAUGAGGAUGGCAAAUCCAUAGUAAAAUUACCAUUCAAAUAUGAUAAUUUAAAACAUAUGGGAUGUAUAGGCAAUGCAAGCGGUGAUAAUCAGUUAGUUAAUCGAAAACAAUAA